AUGGCCCACCUGUUGGGAGUUCUGCUGCUGGUGGUGCCAUCGAGUCCAUCGGCUCUAUUGCUGAGGGACGGGCUGCAUGAAGAUCCAGACCCUUGGGUGCAGAACUGCGAGGAUCAGGAACUUGCGAGGAACGCGAGCCGGAGGGAUGAGCUAGACUACGGGCCCUGCUUCGAUGAGGAGGAGGUGAAGAUAGCUAUGCGCGGCGCUCAGUUCGUGGGGCGGAACUCCUCUUCCAAGGACCCGAGCAGCAAGAUUGCGACAUCGAUGUUCACAGAGGUUGACAUAUUGUGCGACACAAUUCCACGACCAUUGUCCGACCGCGACGAACGAUUGGGCGCUGGCAACCCAGCGUGCCGCUACGAGCCAUCGGAGGAGGAUCUGCGGCAUUAUGCCGAGAAGCCCGCAGACAUUGCCAUUGUCAUCCCGAGCAACUACGACAAAGACAGCAACGUGUCCGACGACCCCAGCGACCAUUACCCGCUGUUCCUCGGCGUACUCACUUGGAAAAAGUAUGCCAGGUAUCAUGGGUACGCGUUCUACAGCGGCCCGCCCGCGAAAAGUUGCCCAGAGUUGGAGGGGCGGCACCCAGCGUGGACCAAGCCGUGUAUGGCCAUGGGUCUGAUAAAGAAGCACAAGUACCUGAUCAUGGUGGACCGGGACACCACGGUGAUCAAGCCACGCCUGCGCCUGGAGCCCCUGUUCGCCAUGGCCGGCCUGAUGGAUAAGCAUGCGAAGAAGGUGUUGGCCGUUGCGGAGGAGUGGGGCUCUUGCAAGAAGGGCGUCCGCUCUCCGCUGAGCGGCGACGUUAACACCGGCAUAGUGCUCGUGAAGCAGUCUCCCGCCGCGGAAGAGGCGCUGGCCAGUUGGUUCUACGGCCCCACCUGGUGCAAGGGCGUCACUGCAGAGCCGAUCGCCAGACCUGGUUGGUGGCCGUUUCAAGGAGAGCCUUGCCAAGGGUGCAGCUGCAUCACACGAGGAAUUUACAAGUGGUCGUUCGAUCAGAUCGGUUUCUACGCCAGCGUUGCCGACAACAAUACCUUCAGAAGCAUGGUGACCGUGUUCCGUCCAGGCUGCCCCAUCAACAGCCCGUUUGCAGAUUUCAUCCCACACCUUGUCUCAGGAACUCCGACCAAGGCGGCUUACGACGUCAACCACCGGGAAGUCAUCUCCACGAAUUUGCACGCCUGCAACAGCAAGCUGAUGGAUUCGAAGCCAGGCCAAGGCAACCCGUACGAGCGUUGCUCCAUCUGCGACGCCUUACCUGAAGGAUUCCAUCCCCACAGCGACUCUUGGUCCCUAUCGUGCCGCAGCCAUAGCCGAGCACCUAGGUGA